UCAGCUCCCUCUCUCUCUAUCUCUCUCUCUCUCUCUCUGCCUACCAGCCUGUCUCCAGUCAGAAUUAGAGGAGGCUUUUUCUAAAUGCAUGCCGCUCUGAGGGGAUGCACAGGCACAUGAAUAUUGUGAUCUUAUCUGCUGAAAAUGAGGCGAAAAGCGUAUAAACGGGUCAUCACAGAUAGCCAACUCCUAUCUGCCUCCCCAGGCAAGACUUAGAGCUUUCACUGUUGGUUUGUGGUUAGAGUUCAAACUUGGCUUCAACAUCCAGCCGACCAGAAGCAGCAAGCAGAGGCAACAACUAUACACACAUGAGAGCCGAGGCAGAGAGAAAAAUAUGAAAAAGAUAUAUAUUGGCAAAACUGCCCUCAAAACACAGAGAAAUGGUUGCAAACAUCAGAAAAGAAGCUCUAUCCACGACCACAAGGAUGACCUCCGCAAGCGCCUGUCGUACACCACCCACAAACUAGAGAUGGUGGAGACGGAGUUUGAUUCCACUCGGCAGUACCUCGAGACAGAGCUGCGCCGGGCCCAGGAGGAACUGGAGAAAUUUACAGAGAAACUACGCAGGAUCCAGAGUAGCUAUGCAGCUCUUCAGAGGAUCAACCAGGAUUUGGAGGACAAGAUGCACAGAACGACCCAGCACCAUGAAGAGGAAAAGAGAGCUCUCAGCCGGGAAAUCAUCCUCCUCAACAACCACCUCAUGGAGGCAAAGAUCACCAUCAAUAAACUCAGAGAGGACAACGACCUGUACAGGAAAGACUGCAACCUGGCCGCCCAGCUGCUGCACUGCUCCAAGUCUCACUACAGAGCACACAAGAUGUCUGAGCUGCCGCUGGAUUUCCAGGAACGCAUCAGUUCCCACAUGGAGAAAUACAAUCGGGGUAGCGGAGCCACCAUAGCGAUGUGCCACUCCAAUUACUCCGACGCUGUGCCCACAGCCUUAAUCGCCAAGGUCUUGGCAAAGCCCGAACCAGGAAGCAGUUGCCCCGUAACGCGCUCACCGAGCCCACAGCCACCGGAAGGAGACUUUCUUACAGUAACGGGAAGCACUGAUCACCUGAACCGCCGCAUUUCGUAUAAAUCAUCUGACCUGUACUGCAGCGAUACGGCCCUCUACUGCCCUGAACGAUGGCAAGCUACAGAGCGCAGGCAGAGCGUCGACCUCCACGGUACCGCUCUGCUCCAGCUUCACGCCCAGAACUCCACUGACAGCAACCCAGAUGAAGAGGCCUACCACUCUGGAAGCUUCUCCCACCACGAGCCUCCAUCCUCCUUCAACCAACACGAUGACUUCACCGGUAGCCUCCCUGCCUCCAGUUCCUACUCCAGCUUCAGCCUGGCGUCGGACGAGAAGGGAGGAGUGAGUGGUGGUUGUGGGCGCACUGCCAGCAGCACCUUAUCCUCUUCCCACCAGGGUCUCUAUAUGGACUGGCGAGAUGGUGGCAGUGGGGACUAUGAGCGCAAAAGCAUGUCCUCCUAUGAUAAAGACAGCUUCCCCAAGUCCCUCAGCAUCCAGCACAUGGUGACCCCCAGGAGCCCACAGAAGGACACAUCACCAGCGUACACAAGGACGGCUUCAUGCUUCAGCGAACCGUACCAUUCCAGCACCCCUCGCCUGGCCUCCUCUCACAGCAUGGGGUCCACAACCGGACUGGUCCAGGCUCGGGGAGGAGCCCCGGACAGCCGGGGUGACAUCCAGGUCCCUGAGGACGACCUGAGCAGCCGCUGGAGACAACUCAGCGUGGAAGACAUCAACACGUUCUCAUCUUCCUACCGUAACGUCACAGGGCGGGUCUCUCCGUACAGUUUCUCAGAGCGCCACUUUGCCAUGGGCCCCUCCAAUAAGGUCAAGGGGUCAAUCUACAGCAGCUUCCAAGAAGGAGAUGACGUCUUCCACAGCCGCGUGCUGGACCAGUGUUUCGCUGUGAGUCCCCCGUCGCCCAGCCGCAGUCAGAAACCGAAGGAGCAUCGCAAGCAGGAGAAAACCUCCGUGCUGUAUCGAGCCAAGGAGGACAGUCAGGACUCGGAGUGCAGUUUGUUCCUCUCAGGGAGCUCUAAAGAGAAGGAGAGCGGUGGGGGAGCGACGGCGGCAAGCAGCGCCAAGAAGGACUACGUGAAUCUGAGUGCAGACAGCUCGGCUGAGUCCUUACACCAAAGCUCCCUCGAAGCCUCGAGUCUUCAACACUACCCCAGCCCCAGGCCGAGCGUCCGGCCUCGCCCGAGCUCCAGCUCCGCUCUCAGCGUCGGCCCCGCACUCCCAAAGAAGACCUCUCCAAGAUACCAAAAAUUUGGCAGCACGGGACUGACGAGGAAGGACAGUUUGACGAAGGCACAGCUAUACGGUACACUGCUGAACUGAGCUGAGAGCUUUUCAUUUUAUGCAUGACGAUGAUGAUGAUGAUUCCUAACUUACUGUACGUCUCAAAAGUCCCCUGCAGCAAACACAUACUUGGUGUGACGGGGUAUUAAUAUGUUGUUGUUUUAUGUAUCUCUUAGCCAAGGCACGUUUCAUGCAGUCUGCAACACUUUUUCUAUUGUAUGUCAUGAUACGGUGUAGCUACCUGAGACCAGCUAUUCAGUAUGUGUUUGUUUAAAUAACAAUGAUUAUAGAGCCACCGGGAAGAACUACAGCACAGACACGGCGACAUGAACAUACUGUGCCCUUUUUUCUUGGUGUUAAGUACUGUUUGUAAAACCAGCAAAAGAUCAUUAAUUCCUGCUCUAAUAUAUACUGUAUAGAUGAUGGACUAAAGUGUGUGCAAUGGGGUGACUUAAUUACACGUUUGGGAUUAUGUAUAGUGGACCCUGCUGACUGCGAGCUGUUAUAAAGAUUUAUUCAUUCUCUAUUUUGUCUUAAACAAAAUGCAUGCUGUAUAAUGCAUAGAAAUAAUUUCAAGCUAAAUGGUUUCUCAUAGGGACAUUACCUAUAAUCGCCACUAACUAAAAAGGAUAUUUUAUUACCACUUCCAAAUUGGCUAAACAAGAGAUAUUUAAAAAAAUAUAUUUUGUAAAAUCCAUGUAAUAUUUAUAGCAAGACAUUCAAUUUCGAUUAUGAGAGUUCCGUCCUGAUGCUAGAUUUCUCCCUUGUUUAUUGGAAACUUAAACUGCCUGAUAUUGUUUGUUGGAAAAAUAGCUCUAAGGGGCUGAUCACACCGAGUUGUGUCGCUAGAAACGCGUCACCUGCCGUGCGUUCCUCUCUGGCGCCGCACGUCACGUUUUUCUACCGCUUUUUAGACGCAUAUAAAAUAUUCUCUUCAACUUUUCAACUCCAGGAUCGGAGUCGCACCGCUUGUCAAUGUCACACUUGGCCCAGGCAGCCAAUCAAAUCAAGCAAGAGACGGGCUUUACUACUUUACCACUUCCUUUCUCCUGUUUUGAAAGAGGCUGGGACACGGUGUUGAGCUAUGGUGUAUGACACAUGUGCAGUGUAACUGGAGCUGCGGUCGUGCGUUGCUAUUGGCUCAAUUCUGGCGAUUGCAGAUCGCUGUUGGAUUGUGAGAGAGUAAUUCCUAUUUAAUGUCGUGAUAGUUUUGUAUAGGCUACUGUCUUUGAGAGUGAGGGAUAGACCACAUUUUCCCAGUAUUCAAAUUUGAUCACCUGGUUGCAAACACACAGCCCCGCUCCACAGGCUCACCUGUGUGGUCUUGAAGGGGUCGCGUCUGUAGCGAUGCGUCUCUGUGUGAUCAGCCCCUAAAAAAGAUAUAUAUAUAUAUAUAUAUAUAUAUAUAUAUAAGAGAAUUACAAGAAGUUGCCAGGUGAACAACAAAAGAAUAGAAAUGGUUAAACAGAAUUGCGAGAGGAAUUUUUCUUAUUUUUGUAUCAAAAAGAGGCUGCAGAAGUAGUUACCCUCAUACCAGGACACUUGUGAAAUUGCCUUAAACCUGUUCAAUGGACAGAAUGGUCUCCAUUAUAACAACUGUGUACAUACUGUAUUAUCUGCUGUAUUGUUACUGUAUGUAUACACUACUGUUCUUCCUGUCAGACACAACACACACAAGGCCAGUUUCUUAGAAAAGGAUUAAGUCUGUUCUUAGACUGGGGAUAUUUUUCAGUAGAGAAAUUUGCUUUUAGUUAAAGACGAUGAGGCUUAAUCCCUGUCUGAAAAUCUGGCACACGCAGCAGCAUUUCUACCCUGAUACAAACUCUUAAACACUGUUGGCACUAGUUGCACAAAACAAAGUAAGUGCUGGAUCUUCUCGUUUUCAGAAGAUUAAUUGAAACAUUCUCCAGGCAAGCUGGCAGUUCUGUAAUGUAUGCACAAAAAAGUCUCCACCUAAGAAGGUGGUAGGAAACGACUGAUUAAAGACAAAAAUGUACAGUCAGUGUGUUGUUUUCAAACCAGCAUGCUGAAUUAGGCUGUUUUAGAGAAAACACUGUGAAAAAGCGUGUAUAUAUGCGUACAUAGAAAGUGACAAAGACAUGCUGUCCUGUUGGUGAAUUAAAAAAAAAAAAAAGGAUAAAGCCUUAUGUUAAAUAAAGAAAAGUUGUCCUGCCCCACAAUCAUGCCACCAUCUGCUACUGUUACUAGUAUAGAUGGGGAGAAAACAACACUGUUCCAACAUCUGUACGCCCCUUGGCAUGAUGGAUCUUGGAAGGAUUUCUUCCUGCCUGCGUAGCUCUAUAGAUCUGAGAGGAAUGGCGAAAGGGGAUAAGCUAAAUAAUCAGAACUCAGCUUUGCCCUCGAGCAGUAACAUAUAGAUUUUUCCGGAAGGCCAUGCCUCUACCUCUCCCAUUCCUGCAGAUCUGUGAACUGGCUUCAGGCUGUUUUUUUUUUAAAGAUUUAAAACCUGCAUCUCUUCUUUUUGACCUUGGCAUGUUAUGAAGGUGAAUCUGAGCCACAAAAAGUCUCCAAUUAUAUUCUUAUUUGGUACAAUGUAUAGGUAUCUAAAUAAAGGAUUGGAAUUAAUGUACAGAGGGAUUGAGAGGAUAUAUAUGGUAUUUUUGUUGUGGACAUAAUGUAUAAAAAGAGAUAUAGAUACUAACAUACACAAUUGUUAUUACACUAUGACUAUUUUUUAUCCAGUUUCAGUUGAUGUUAUAUUUAUUGAAUGUUUUGACCCUGAAUGACGAGGCUGAAGCGGUUCUGUCCUGUUCUACCUCCAGCCCUGUUCCAGGAACAACAGGCCAGCUGUCUAAAUGUCAACAUAUUUGUCUGUCUGAUGCAUGGUUAUAUAUUUUUGCUGUGUGUUUAUUUACUUAAUAAAGAUGGGUGUUGGGAAAUGCAUCAUUGACUUCCUGGGA